UGAUGGAGGGGAAGUUUGGGGAAGCUUAUCUGGCUCGUUCCUUGCCGGGAUUGACCCACUUUUAAUUCUGCCGGAAUAUAUUCUUGGGCGGUAAAGAAUUUCUUUGAAGAACAUGAACAAUUAUACACAACCAUGGGGAGAGGAGAAACGAAUGCGAAGAAGCGGAAACGCCAAUCCGAGGCGAAAGUUGCUGUUAAUGGCACUCUCUCGAAUAUCCCCGCAGUGGUCGUCGAUACCACAAAGCCCACAGCUGUUUUUUUGCCAACAAAAGGACGAGAAUGGACGGUGAGCGUUGCAUUACCUGGUAGCAUCAUAUCUAAUGCCCAAACCCACGAACAACGGACCUCUCUUGCCGGCCAUAUAGCCCGUGCUCUCUCAGUAUUCUGCGUGGAUGAAAUGAUUGUUUUCUCUGACGGACACUCACACAACUCCAAUAAAAGAUACCACAACCGAUCACAUACGUACUCCAACCAGACAGAUCAGUCAGAAGAUGGUUACACAGGCACAUCCGACCCUGAUCACUUCCUUAUUCACCUCCUCAGCUACCUCGAAACACCUGCACAUCUGCGAAAACUACUGUUCCCCUUACAUCCCAACCUACGAACAGCCGGCACAUUGCCAAGUCUGGAUCUACCGCAUCACCUGAAGCCUGACGAAUGGUGUCCAUAUCGAGAGGGGGUUACAUUACCGGGAGCAGACGAGAAUGGUACAUUCGUGGAAGCGGGGCUGAGGAUCCCAGUCACAGUGGAGGAGCAAAUACCAGAGAAUACGAGAGUAACAUUGAAAUUCAAACCUGGAGCAGAAGAGUCCAGUAAGGAUAUGAAGAGCGAGGUCAUCCUGGCUGAACCUGUUGCACCUGAUGAGCCAAGAGAAGAGAGUGGCUAUUACUGGGGCUUCAAUGUCAGGAAGGCGGGAAGCUUGAGUGAUGUCUUCACGGAAUGCCCGUAUGAUGGAGGUUACGAUGUCAGCAUUGGCACGUCAGAACGUGGGGUGGAUGUAGAAGAACUAUAUUCGGAGGACAACAAUCAGAAACUGGGCAAAUUCAAGCACCUAUUGGUAGUGUUUGGAGGCGUUGCUGGAUUGGAGGUGGCAUUCAAAAACGAUGAGGAGCUGCAGAAGCUGCCUGUUACUGAAGUCAAAGAAGUCUUUGAUCGAUGGGUCAAUGUUUGCCCAGGCCAAGGAAGCAGGACUAUCAGAACUGAAGAAGCUGUGUGGAUAGGCUUGAUGGGUUUAAGAAGACUAGUAACGAGUAACGAAUGAAUAUCCAUUGUUGUGAGCUC